GGUGCAUCUCAGGCGAGGAAAGGCAAAAAAGGGCUAGUUGACCGACCGGUGAAGGAAGUGUCUUCCACAAAGGGGACGGCGAAGGGGGAGAGAAUAAAAAAUAUAACAACAAACUAGACCGCUGCCCUCCUCCUUGUCCACACGACGGAUGCAACGCAACUAGAAAAAUACAAAAUUGCAGUAAGUUGACUAAGGUAGCUCACGGUUAGCAGCCUGUCAGGACAAUCAACGAAAGAGAGACGCACGCAGAGAGCGUGACACCCACGGAGCGACGUCCUUUGAAGCAGCGGGUCGCUUUCUCACUGCGCAUCGUUCUCGUUAAUUGCAGCCUGACGGCACCCUUUCUUUUUUUCUUUCCUUUUUAGCUCUGUGGCGAAGCGUAAUAGUUUAUUUCCUGAACACGUUCGUCCUUUUUGUUUGUUUUUCUAACGUUGCUGAACCGUGUUCCCCGAUUUCAUCUUUCUUCUCUCUUCACACUGAACCACACAAGCACACGUGUGGAGAGAAGAAAGGUGCAAACGUGCGCUACACCGCAGCACAUUUUGUUUUGUUGUUUUACCUCUUUCUUUUUGCGUCUUUUAUUCUCCCCGAUAACUUGACGUACUACUGUUUUCGUCGUUUUAUAAUAACAGCUCCAUCUGUAUUUCUCUAUCUACCUAUAUACGACUAAUUGCUUUUGUUUUUCCUGCCUUUGCUUUCCUCUGUUCUUCUUGCGGAUUUUCUCGAUCAUCUCACACACGCAAAUACAAGCGCGCAUAAACACACGCACACACACACACAAAACGCGCAGCGCUUGACACAAAGCAGGUCGUCUGGGAGGAACAAAAACGGCAAGGAACAGCUCUUGUGAAAUUCUGGUGUACGUCUGCGUCUGCGUAUUCGAGUGCGUGCGUGCAACCCUAAAAGUGUACGUGGAGAGACACGGUUUUAUCUAGCAAACAUCCAUAUAUAAGAUCUGCUUUUUCUUUUUUCAGCAUCCGUCUGCUGCCAGCUUCGACUGCAUUUAGCCGUCGUUUCAGCAGUUCCCGCUACAAAAAGGAAAAGGAAAAGAGAAGACCGUGCCGCGCAAUAUGUUCUAUACGCAAAUUGUUGAUUGCCAACUCUUCUAGUUCUUUCUGUUUUCCUCCUUCUUCCCGCUACUGUUGUUUGUUUAGCGUACGGCGCAUUUUUUCCCCCUCAUCUUGUUGGAUUCCUGUGCAGGGCUCCUUCACUUCCCUGUGCGCUUUCAUCCAUAAUAUAUAUAUAUAUAUUUCUUUCUGACACCAAAAGCGGUUUCCUUCCCAUUCGCCUCCCUUUUCUGUGACGGAGGGUGAAGUCGGGCGUGAGAAAGGGAAAAAAGGAAUUGUAACGAAAUAGACUGAUUUCUCUCGUUGUUGUUUUCUUCUAAAAGCGAGUAACUUCUGUGUACUCCGGCUGUUUGAUUUGUUUUCUUUCUCUGUUUUUUUUUCUAACUUCUCGCUUUCCCUCGUUUUGUGAAAUUGACGUUUUCUUUUUAUCUUUUCCAUUGCGUCUCACCUUGCUGUUCUCCCAACCGCUUUAUACCCCCCGUUGGCUCCUUUUAUAUGCGUAGCUCGUGUGCACGUUGCUGACCGUUAACACCAGACACGGAAAGAACAACAAGAAGCACAUCAAGGCGGCUCUUUAAACCUUAUCAUCUUCUUCUUUUUUUGUAUUUGCUAAAUCAAAGAUUUUUUCUUUUGAGUGUUGAAAAGGAAAAGUAGUAGACUGUCUUAGUAACACACAUCUGUCGGAGAGGAGUAGGAAGUAAGCAACACCAAACGAGUCAAAAGUGGUGUGUAUGGGCGUGCUGACGACUCCGCGGAAAUAUCCUUUUGCUUUCGAUUAAAAAAAAUUAUUUUUCUCCUUUCGUUGUUCUUUGUACUUCCUUGCACGUUCUUUCGGCCAACUCCUUUGGAAGGAGUACAUCUACACAUAGUUAAAUACAACGGCUGCGCGCACGCUGCCUCACAGCGACGAUUUCAUUUUUUAAUCCACAGGAGAACUAGUGAGUUUUCUUGGAUUUCUCAACUGUGCUCUUGUUUUUUCGUUCUGUGUGAUUCCCGUGUUAUGAAAGCGGCGAAGAAACGACUUUCGAUCUUUCGGAAAGCACAAUGAGCAACAGAAUCGUCAGCAGGGAGGAUCAGCAUCAACGGCGCUCCUCGCUAGAGAGGACAUCAGCUCAAAUGAAGAGCGACGUGCGCCGUCACGAGGCGGAUACGCAUGCGCACGCAGCACCUGCUGUCAGCGCAGACUCCAAAUGCGCUACCGAAGCAACGACGAGCAUCGAACCCCCUGGCUCGUCUCCUCACCAGCACCUCGACGUCGCUCUAAACUCAAAGGAAAUUGCCAGCAAGGCGGCCCCAGCGUCAGUAGUGACGACGAACCUUCCGAGCUCAAAAUACGCGAAGGCGGCGGCCGCCGCCGACGACCGUGAUGACUGCUGCGACGAUGACAACGAUACGGAUGGCUUUACUACGAUAGGCAACGGGUGUGGGGAGGCCGUGUCGCCGCCUUCGAGCUGCGCUGACGCGUUUGCGCUGGACUCAUCGCUGGCAGCCACGACACGGCCAACGGAGUGGAGUCUGCGGUCCUUUCCUGUUGCCCCUGCUGCUUCUGCCCCUGCUGCUGCUGCUGCUGGGACGGGUGUGGAAGUGCUCCUUAGCGAAAGCAAAAGGGUUGCUGCCGCGAACGUGAACACAAAAGGCGAAGCUCCUUCUCUUUGCAAGGCGGCAGCAGCAGUAGCUGCUGGAACAAAACCGGCUUCCUUCACUGCACAGGCGAUGCAGGCCAUUGCCGACACCGCCACCUCGCGUGCGACCGCUCCUCCGCCUGCCGCGUAUACCCCCGCUGCUCGAAAAGUGUUGAGCGGGGUCGUGGAUCACAACGCUGCAGGUGUCGCCUCCCGCGUCGUUGCCGGUGAGGACCCGAUGGGUGUGCGGCAGCUCUACAGUCGGCCUCACUCCCUCGUUGGCAGCUGCUUGUCGACGUCCUCACUCUCUCGGCGCACCGCCGGCACCGCGACGGCCGACUCUGCCAGUGCUGCUGCCUCCCCUACGAAGACGUGCACCGAUGCGUUCUCCAUGGAGCGCUUUGCCGUCUUUUACGAGGUGGCGCUGGAAGAAUUGAUGGGCGAGUGCGCGCAACGGGUGGCCAACGCGCCGGCCGCGUGGCGUGACAGCCAACGCGAGUUUAUUCGCGGUGACAGCAACCACGACCUUGCCACCAGCACUCUGUCCUUUGACUCCCCACGCAGCAGCGGAGUGUCCCCCGUUGCGGGGCACGCGUCGCUGUUCAGCACGACGGCUGCCGGCUCCAAUGCGCCGGCCUACCCGCCGUGCUUUCCGAACGCGGCCCAAAACACGCACGGACUGCACACGCGGGAGCUCAGCGGGGGCCUCUGCCCUCCCACCCGCGCCUUCCCACCGCCGCCGUCGGCCCCUGCGCCGCCGUCCCGCAGCUUCUUCUUCAGUGCCGCUGGUCAGGCGCGUCACGCAGAGCUCGAAAAGGAGAACGCGACAGACGAAACGGUGCCGGCGCUGCUCGCCGCACUGGGCCGGCACCACGGAAAGAUGGCGCCGAUGGUCUUCAUCGCAGCCCUCGCCUACCUGGCACGUGUCACGGUGCAGUGCGCCUCAGAGCUGUUGAGCAUUACACACGCCAACUGGUACCGCCUGACGACAACAGCGAUUCUUGUGGCGGCCAAGGUGUACGAUGAGCACAGCUCGGCUCGCCUCAACGCGCACUUCGCCACCUCCUCUGGCAUUCCGCGAAGUGAGAUGACGAAGUUGGAGUUGGACUUUCUGUACCUGAUCGACUUUGACCUGCUGCUGAAGGAGGCAGAGGUGGAGCAGUGGCUCAGCUGGAUGGAGACCCUCGCCACGCGCCGUGACUUGAUGACGCCGCUGCAGUCGUACUUUGUGCGUGGAGUAGAGAGCCACAGCACAGCUCUUGCCUCGGCAAGCUCGGGCACGUUUUCCCCAGCCUCGUCGUCUCAGUUCAGUGGGGCACCCGCGGAGUCGGUGGAAAAGAGGGACUCCUCCGCCGACGACACGGCCGCCGGUGUCGCCGCUAUCACCUCUCCUCUUUCCAUUCCGGCGUCGAGGGCCUUCCCACCCAUGCGCCUCGAAAGCAGCACGGCGCUCAGCUCGAAGGACGCGUCCGCCGAUGUCGCGCCGUUGUGUCACUCGACCGGAGUCGCGGAAGCCCCUUCAGCCGUUUUUCCGCUGUGCGAGUUUGGCAGUCCGAGCGUCUGCAGCCCUGGCAGUUUUGUUGCGAUGCCACCGAGUUUGUUGGAGGCCGCGCGCAGCACCCUGAGCGGUGUCAGCGUUGCUGGCAGCGUCAGCACCUCCGUGUCGUGCCUCCGUGCAACGGGGGUGCCGCCGUCGCCCGUGCACGGCAUGCUGCCGGCGUGUCCGCCACCGCUGCGGGCGCGGCUCUUCAGCGUCGUGCACGGCAAGCGGGAGCCGCCCAGCCCGCGCUCCGUUCGUCAGCUGAGUUGCCUCGGCGCCAGCCCAACGAAUCCGCCGCGCCCGCCUCCGAUGGAGCCCAACUCCCCGGUCGGGUUCUUCAAGCAAUCGCAGGGAGGCGGUCAGGGGUACGCCAGCCACUACGCGCAGCGGCAGAACCCAAAUUCUGCAACCGCCGCCGCCGCCGCCGGCCACGGCCUCUUCGGCGCAGAUGCGUCGAAUUCGCAGCUGGCGACGGCACCGUUCCUGACGAACGCCUUUGCUGGCACAGCUGCUGGCAGCAGCCGGUCCAACGGGUUUUCUCGCUCUGCGCAGACGACACACGCGUCGGCCACUGCCUAUGCCAAGCGGCAGCCCUCCACGGCGGAGCAGCACGGUGCGUCGCGUUGCACAGGCGGCACCACUGCCUCGGAAGGGACGAUGUCGGCGAUGGGUGCUGUUGCUGCUGGUCACAGCCUGACUUCCACCACCGCGCCCAACACGACAGCUAUCAGCACUACAACGAAUGCCAGCGGCAGCACUCGCUGGGGUCCGUUUGGAAUGGUCCAGCAGGUCCGCGAUGUUCUCGGCGUCACCGCAUCGCUCGUGCGAGGUCAGCUGAACGUCUUGGCACCUGCAAAGGCGCCAGAAGAACUCAAGAGACCGCAGUCGCGUACCGUGGUCAACGAAGGCGCGCUGCACAACACAGCCGGUCGUGGAGGUCAGGCCGGCAUGCGAGCAGCUACUGGCCUACAUGACUGCAGCAGCAACGCCCCGUAUCGGGCGUCGCACACGUACGGCGUGGACAAGGUCAGUGGCAACCACAACAGCAGGAGCAGCACCCGCCGCAAGCCGGCGCCGGCAGAGCUCACCGCCGUUGCGCCGUCAUCGCAGCCUCUUAGCAGCCCUGUCCAUCACGGCCGGUGGCACCGCGCUGCGUCGUCUGGACAGAGCAGCAGCCACGACGAGACGCGCAGCCCGGGGGCGCGUCACCCAGCUGUGAAGCACGCCGAUCCGCAUGAUUCCACAAACACGUACGCGCAGGCAGGGUCAGACGGUGGUGCAGAGGAAGCGUACGGCUACUACUACGAGGAAAGGGAGUACGACGAGGAGGACGAGUACGGUUACUACGGUGAGGACGGCUACUACUACGCCUACGACGAUGAGGAGGGCUACGAGGACGAGGAAGGCGAGUACUACUAUGCGGACGGUGAAGCUGAGGAGGGCUGGUACGAGGCGGAGGCGGAGGACGAGUACUUUCAGCGCUGUCGCCCACCUCUUACCCACUCCCCACCGUCUCUGUGA